AUGGCGCGUACCAAGCAGACUGCCCGCAAGUCCACCGGUGGCAAGGCCCCCCGUAAGCAACUCGCCACCAAGGCUGCCCGCAAGUCGGCUCCCUCUGCCGGUGGUGUGAAGAAGCCGCAUCGUUACCGCCCUGGUACUGUCGCUCUUCGUGAGAUUCGUCGCUACCAGAAGAGCACUGAGCUCCUUAUUCGCAAGCUGCCCUUCCAGCGUCUUGUGCGUGAGAUUGCCCAGGACUUUAAGACCGACCUUCGCUUCCAGUCCUCUGCCGUCCUUGCUUUGCAGGAGGCUUCUGAGGCCUACCUGGUCUCCCUCUUUGAGGACACCAACCUGUGCGCCAUCCACGCUAAGCGUGUGACUAUCCAGCCCAAGGAUAUGGCUCUUGCCCGUCGUCUCCGCGGCGAGCGCAGCUAA